AUGUCGCGCUCCUUCUAUGUGGACUCGCUCAUCAUCAAGGACUCCUCGAGGCCAGCGCCCGCGCUGUCCGAGCCGCACUCGGGCCCGGAUUUCUUCAUCCCCUUGGGCGUGCCGUCCCCUUUGCUGAUGUCCGUGUCCGGGGGUCCCGGCUGCCCGUCCCGCAAGAGCGGCGCCUUCUGCGUGUGCCCCCUGUGCGUCACCUCGCACCUGCACGCCGCGCGGGCUCCCACGGGCGCUGGGGGUUCCGGGGGCGCAGGCCCUGGAAGCGGGGGCCCGGCGGGAGGCGGCGCGCCCGGGGGCGCGGGGACCCUGCCCCUGCUCAAGGCUCCGUUCCCUUCGGGUCCCGGGGACGCUCCUCUCUGCGCGCGGGUGAGCCACGCGCACCAUCACCACCCCCCGCCGCCGCACCUCCACCAUCACCAUCACCACCACGCACCCCAGCAGCCCGGCUCGGCGGCGGCGGCGGCGGCGGCGGCAGCGGCCCUGGGUCACCCGCAGCAUCACGCACCUGUCUGCGCCGCCACCGCUUACAACGUGGCCGAUCCACGGAGAUUCCACUGCCUCUCCAUGGCUGGCUCCGACGCCAGUCAGGUACCCAACGGCAAAAGGAUGCGGACGGCAUUCACCAGCACGCAGCUCUUGGAGCUGGAGCGGGAAUUUUCUUCUAACAUGUACCUAUCUCGACUGCGGAGGAUCGAGAUCGCCACGUACCUGAACCUUUCGGAGAAGCAGGUGAAGAUCUGGUUUCAGAAUCGCCGGGUGAAACACAAGAAGGAAGGCAAGGGUGCGCAGAGGAGCAGUCACUCCGGCUGCAAGUGCGUUGGUGGCCAGGCACACUACGCGCGCUCCGAGGAUGAGGACUCCUUGUCGCCGGCUUCGACCAACGACGACAAGGAGAUUUCACCCUUAUGA